AUGGACGACUUCUCGCGCUUCGUGCGCCAGUUCAAGCCGCGGCGCGAGCAGGACGCGGACGAGGAGCCCGCGGAGCCCUACUACGUCCGCGCGCUGCGGGCCGCGGCGGCCAACGGCACGGCGCUCGACAUCAACUGCCGCCACCUCCACACGCACUCCAAGGACCUGUACACGCAGCUCGUGCGCUACCCGCAGGAGGUCGUGCCGAUCAUGGACCUCGUCAUCACCGAGGAGCUCGAGCGCCUCAAGCUCGAGGCGGCGCUGGACGCGGUCGACGACGAGGGCGACGCCUACGGCCCGCCGCCGCGCGUCCAGGUGCGGCCCUACAAUUUGCGCGAGGUCCACGAUCUGCGGGACCUCGACCCCGAGAACAUCGACCAGCUCGUCGCCGUCGCGGGCAUGGUCACGCGGACGAGCUCCAUCAUCCCGGACCUCAAGCAGGCCCACUACCGCUGCGUCGUCUGCGGCGGCGGCGUCGACGCCUUGAUCGACCGCGGCACCGUCGACGAGCCGACCAAGUGCGCGCGGUCCGGGUGCUUGGCCAAGGGCGCGAUGGAGCUCGUCCACAACCGCUGCGUCUUCACGGACAAGCAGGUCGUGCGCCUCCAGGAGGCGCCCUCGUCCAUCCCCGAGGGCGAGACGCCCCACACGACGACGCUCUUCGCCUUCGACGACUUGGUCGACGCGGUGCGGCCCGGCGACCGCGUCGAGAUCACGGGCAUCUUCCGCGCGAUCCCGCGGCGCGUGAACCCGCGCGUGACGACGGUGCAGUGCCUCUUCCGCACCUACGUCGACGCCAUCCACUUCCGGAAGAAGGGCGACGAGCGCGACGACAUCGUCGACGUCAUCAAGACCGAGGACGACACGACGAACUUCGGGUCCGAGAAGACGGAGGCCAUCCUCGACUUCGCGCGCGACGGCAAGGCCUACGACAAGCUCGCGGCGUCCCUCGCGCCCUCCAUCCACGGUUUGGAGGACGUGAAGCGCGGCGUGCUCUGCAUGCUCUUCGGCGGCUGCGCGCGCGCGCGCGAGGACGGCGCGGGCGGCGUCCCCGGCGCGCGGAGCCGCGGCGACAUCAACGUGCUCAUGUGCGGCGACCCGGGCACGUCGAAAUCGCAGCUCCUGGGCUACGUGCACAAGAUCGCGCCGCGCGGCGUCUACACGUCCGGCAAGGGCUCGUCGGCCGUCGGCCUCACGGCGUCGGUGCAGCGCGACCCGGAGACGAAGGAGCUGGUCAUGGAGAGCGGCGCCGUCGUCCUCAGCGACCUGGGGGUCUGCUGCAUCGACGAGUUCGACAAGAUGUCCGACGCGACGCGCGCGGUGCUCCACGAGGCCAUGGAGCAGCAGACGAUCUCGCUGGCCAAGGCGGGCAUCGUCGCGACGCUCAACGCGCGCGCGUCCAUCUUCGCGUCCGCGAACCCCGUCGACAGCCGCUACAACCCCAAACUCAGCGUCGUCGAGAACAUCCAGCUGCCGCCGACGCUGUUGAGCCGCUUCGACCUCAUCUACCUCAUCCUCGACCACCCGGACAAGGACAAGGACCGGCGCCUCGCCAAGCACAUCGUCGCGCUCUACGCCGAGGACGCGGACGACCGGCCGCGCGCGCACGCCGUCGACGAGCGCUUCGUCCGCGACUACAUCUCCUACGCGCGCGCCAAGGUGCACCCGGAGCUCUCCGACGAGGCGCGCGACGAGCUCAUCGACGCCUACGUGCGCAUGCGCGGCGGCGGCUCGUCGCGGCCGAACCGGGGCCGGUCCAUCACCGCGACGCCGCGCCAGCUCGAGGCUGCGCUCGAGGGCAUGAUCCGCAUCGCCGAGUCGCUCGCGCGCAUGCGCCUCGAGACCGUGGUCACGCGCGAGGACGUCCUCGAGGCCGUGCGCCUCAUGCAGGUCGCGACGCUCGCCGCGGCGACGGACGCGACGACGGGCCUCAUCGACAUGGACGCGAUCAACACGGGCUCCUCGGCGCUCGACCGCGAGCUCCUCCGGUCCAUGUGCGCCGAGCUCCGCGUCCUCGUCGACGGCCACCCGCGGGGCACGCCCGUCGACGUCGGCGCGCUCCGGGACCAGAUGGCCGCCCAGUCCGACGCGGAGCUCGACCAGCAGCUCUUCUUCAAGGCGCUCCAGACCCUCGCGGCCGACGACGUCGUCACGAUCAACGAGCGCGCGGGCACCGUCAUCCGCCGCUGA